AUGGCCGGCGCGCUGGCCUUGUCCACCGUAUUCAUCGGGCUGCUGGGCGCUGUCGACGACAUUCGGCCACUGCCGGUUAUUCCGCGCCUCGCCGCCCAGACGGCGGCGCUGGUUUUUGCGCUGGGCGCGCUGGGCCCGGAGGCGCGCCUUGCCCCUGAACUGCCGCUGGCGGCUGAGCGCGGGCUCGAGGUCGUCGCCGGCCUGUGGUUCGUCAAUCUGACCAAUUUCAUGGAUGGGCUGGACUGGCUGACCGUGGCUGGCGUCGCCCCCAUGCUUAUGGCCAUGGUGGUCCUUGGCGCGUGCGGGGUCGCCGGCGGCGCCGACGCCGCCAUGCUCGGCCUUGUGGCGGCGGCGCUGUUCGGCGGCCUGAUGGGUUUUGCGCCGUUCAACCGCCCACCGGCGCGGCUGUUUCUGGGCGAUGUGGGCUCGCUGGCCAUUGGCCUCGUCACCGCCUGGCUGCUGUUUCUGGUGGCGGCGGGCGGCGCCCUGGUGGCGGCCCUGAUCCUGCCCAUGUACUAUUGCGCCGACGCCAGCAUCACCCUGUGCCGCCGGCUGCUGCGCAAGGAGCGCAUCUGGGAGGCGCAUCGCUGCCAUUUUUAUCAGCAGGCGGCCGAUCGCGGCGUCCCACCGAUGCGGGUUGCGGCCCUCAUCGCCGGCCACAAUGCUGCGCUCGCCGCGCUUGCCGCGCUGGCCCUGCUGCCCGGCGGGCUGAUGAUGCAGCUGGCGCUGCUGGCCUGCGCCAUGGGGGUGACGGCGGUACUGCUGGCGCGCCUCGCAGGUCGGCUCUGA